AUGGGGUUCCAAGAGCAAGAGAAAGAAUUAUUUAGACAAGAGUUUGAGGUGGUCAUUAGAACAGUGAAAGAGGAGGAGAAACUAAAAGUAGGAGCUGUUAUGAAUGGCAGGGUGGAAAAGAGAAGAGAUGGGUAUGAGGAGGGACAUGGAGGUCAUGGGUUUGGAAUUAGAAAUGAAGAUGGGGAUUAUUUAUUGGAGAUGGCUCAGAGUUUUGAAUUGGCCUGUUUGAACACAGGGUUUCAAAAGUUACAUACGUACUUGAUAAGUUAUGAAAGUGGAGGGGUGCAGGGCCAAAUAAAUUACAUCCGGGUCAGAGGAGCCGAGAAAAGCAAUGUGACAAACUGCAAAGUGAUCUUGGGAGAGUGUGUGUUAAACAGCAUAGGUUGGUGGUGA